GGCCAGUCGGUUGGUGCAGUCCCCUGUGUUUCUGUAACCUGGCCAUCCUCCACCUGAGGAUGCCGGGCCAGUACUCAGGGUGGGCGGGUCUGGGUGCUGCCUCCCUCCCUCCUAAGAAUAGUCCCCUGCCUUGGCCCAGGGGGAAAUAAAGGCCAGAGAGUACUAGGAUGGAGGUGUGGGAUGACCCUCUACCUCACCAAAUCCAGAGCCAGCUUCUCCUCCAGCCCCUGCACUGAGCUGGAGGUGUUCCCUGGGGUCAUGACCCGGUGCCUGCUGAGGUGGCUUGCCCCUGCCAGCACAGACUCAGCCUCAGCAGCUGGCCUGGCCCUCAGCGGGAAGCAUUGCAUAUUCUGGCAGGCUGGCAGGGGACAUGGAGUGUCCCACCUGCUGGGACUCAUCAGGCAGUCAAGGGGCUGGUGGGGGAGCAGAUAUGUGUGUGUGACCCCGAAAGGCCAUGUACAGAGUGCUGGGAGCUGGGUGGGGGCCUAGAAGGGGUGGAAAGGGCCCUUCAGCCCAAGAGGGGCUAGAUCUGCAACCAAAAACCUCACAUCUCCUGCCUGAAGUAGCCAUGGGAGCUGGAUGGGGGGUUGGUGCGUGUCUGCUGAGUGAGUACGUGUAUGGUUGUGUACGAAAAGGGUGGUGUGCCAUUGUAGCGCUUUGUCCCUGGCCAGCCUGGGCACUCACCCUCCUGGGAGCCAGCUUUGCUAUUCUGAGUGGAAGGGAGGUCAGGUUUCCCUGAGAAACCCCAGAAUAGCCCCCGACCAUGCCUGGCCUCCCAGCGGGCGGCCCAGCCCCUAAGUCCUGUCUGCCCUGCCCCCCUAGCCUCCAGACCACGUCUAGCAGUCCCUCCUUGAAGGUGGGCUGGGGGUCCCAAAUGCACCUGUCAAUUUAGCCUGUCUUUAGAGGGUAUUUGUGAAGUGCUGGCACUGGGCCUGGGCCCAUGGGGAUGGGAGGGCAGCCUGACUUGGGCCAUGGGGUGCUAGCUGGCCAGGGUGGGCCUCCAACAAAAAGUCUCAGCAGUGUGUCCUGACAUCCUGGGGUGAGGCCCCCAUACACAGCAGUGGGAAGACCAGCCCCUGGGAGGCAGAGGGUGGUACAGUUAAGAGGGAAUGAUGACGGGAACCAUGUGAGGGUGAGGGGAGGCAUAGGCCAAGCAGGGCCAGGAGUAGGCUCUGUGGGGAAGGGCAGAGAGCUCAUCCCAGGAUAGGGUGGGCAGGAUUUCCCACCCAUAAAAGGCUCUUGGAAUCUGGACCCUAGGGACCCUAGGCAGCCGGGUCCAGCUAAAACUCAGCUGCCACCAUUGCCCCGUGUUCUGCCUGAGCAGCCCACAUGACAGCUCUGUAGCUCCUGCCCCUCAAGCCGGCCGUGGACAUGGUAAGGCUACUUCUUGGGGGGGCCUCCAGAGGGCCGCUGGCUGAGGUGGAGGCCUGAGCCUUCUGAUUUGAAGAUAGUUCUUUUGUAAGCACCAAAGGAGGCAAAAAAGCUUCAUCUUUUUUUGCUACUUCUCUCUUUUUUUUUUUUUGUAGAGACAGAGUCUCACUUUAUGGCCCUCGGUAGAGUGCCGUGGCCUCACACAGCUCACAGCAACCUCCAACUCCUGGGCUUAAGCGAUUUUCUUGCCUCAGCCUCCCGAGUAGCUGGGACUACAGGCACCUGCCACAACGCCCAGCUAUUUUUUGGUUGCAGUUCAGCCGAGGCCGGGUUUGAACCCGCCACCCUCGGUAUAUGGGGCCGGUGCCUUACCAACUGAGCCACAGGUGCCGCCCUUGCUACUUCUCUUUUAAUGAAACAAUUUGUUCUGUAAAAUUUGGAUUUAGUCAAAAGGCUGCACUUGAAGAACAGGAAGGCCACAGGUUCCUUACCCAGCUGGGUGUAGCACCCAGUGCGGAAGAAGCUAGGGUGAGACCUCUGGGCAAAGGGUGUGUAGGAAGCCUGAUCAGGCCACCGAUGCUGCCCUCAUUCUGGGGCCAUGGUGUCCCUGGACCCACUGUGUAAGGGUGACAGAGGGGUGGCCAUGGACCCACUGUGCAGGGGUGGCAGUCAGUGGUGGCCAGGUGUUAGACUGUCCCCAGGGGGCCCUACAGGCCAUCCCGUGGGCCCUGGCUAUGCGUAGGCCUGGAAGCCUAUCCUUGGAGCUUUCACCCUGGCCUGGGCCAGGCUCCUGAGACUCCUCUCCACACAGCUAUCCUGUGCCCCCAUACCAGGUCCCACUUGGCUCACUCGUGCCUUCACUCACCCCUUUAAGCUCCCUAGCAGAGAGAGCUGUCACUUUGUCCCAGAGCCUCCCCAGGCUGGGCCUCCUCUUUUCACUACUCAUCUUGAAAGGCCAGACAGAUGGGUGUGGGGGAUUGGCUCCAACCCUCCCUUGGACAGAGGAGCACAGGGGGCUAUGGCACAGCAGGCAUGGUGUCCCCUGCAGACGGAGCGCCUGUCUGCAGAGCAGAUCAAGGAGUACAAGGGAGUCUUCGAGAUGUUUGAUGAGGAGGGCAACGGGGAGGUAAAGAUGGGGGAGCUGGAGUGCCUCAUGAGCCUGCUGGGCAUCAACCCCACCAAGAGCGAGCUGGGGUCCAUGGCCAAGGAUGUGGACAGCGACAACAAAGGGUUCUUCAACUGCGAUGGCUUCCUGGCACUGAUGGGGAUUUAUCAUGAGAAGGCCCAGAACCAGGAGAGCGAGCUGAGGGCGGCCUUCCGUGUCUUUGACAAGGAGGGCAAAGGCUACAUUGACUGGAACACACUCAAGUACGUGCUCAUGAAUGCCGGGGAGCCCCUCAAUGAGGUGGAGGCGGAGCAGAUGAUGAAGGAGGCAGACAAGGAUGGGGACGGUACCAUUGACUAUGAGGAGUUCGUGGCCAUGAUGACUGGACAGUCCUUCAAGCUGGUCCAGUAGGAGCAGCUGCAGGGGCCGUGGAGAGCCUGCCCAUGGAAGGCUGCCGCCCACCCACCCGUCUACCCAG